AUGCAGCAGUCGGUCAACAACGCCUCGUCCAGGUUUAACGUGCAAGGCCUCCUGCUCCAGAUAGGACGUGGCGGUCUAACGCCGAGGAACGUACUGUCGGCGUUCGAGCAGUGGAACCCGGCCGAGCUCGAAGGAUUCCACGACGUCGAGGGCGUGCUCGUGCACUCGCCGGAUUCAGCCUUCGCACGCGUAUCUAUCACCACACCCGUCCUGCCGCUCGACCCACGGGACGUCCUGCUUCGGUUCUUCGUCCUCCACAGCAGCAUCUCCCAGAACGUGACUCGGAACAGAGAGUACUUUUUGAGGGAGCUCUACCGAGUGAGGGGAUCGGCUCGACAGGGAUGGGCAGUCAUCGACGCCGCCGACGCCGCCGACGCCGCCGACGCCGAGACGACUCACAGCUACCGGUGA